GGCUCACCUUCCUCCAAUAUUUAUACACAUCAACACCUCAAGAAAACCAUCCACCAUUCAUUCAUCCUCUCACACACACACACACAUUCUAUCUCUCUCUCUCUCUCAUACAUAAACACCGGGUAAAGGCGAUAAGGGUAGAAAGAGAAAGCUUUUAAGCAUAUCAAUGGCAGGAACUGGUGUUUUUGAAGAGAUAAUAGAAGGCGAUGUGUUCAAAUAUUACACUGAUGGAGAAUGGAAGAAAUCUGCUUCUGGUAAAUCUGUUGCCAUUAUUAACCCGACUACUAGAACCACUCAGUACAAGGUUCAAGCAUGUACACAAGAAGAGGUGAAUAAAGUAAUGGAAUCAGCUAAAAUUGCACAAAAGCAAUGGGCGAAAACACCACUAUGGAAACGAGCCGAGCUUCUUCACAAGGCAGCUGCCAUUCUCAAAGAGCACAAAGCUCCCAUCGCCGAGUGUUUAGUUAAGGAGAUUGCAAAACCAGCCAAGGAUUCAGUCACUGAGGUCGUUCGAUCAGGGGAUCUCAUAUCUUAUUGCGCUGAAGAAGGGGUCAGGAUUCUAGGAGAAGGCAAGUUCCUGGUUUCCGAUAGUUUUCCAGGCAAUGAGAGAACAAAGUAUUGUCUCACUUCAAAGAUCCCACUCGGAGUUGUCUUGGCCAUACCACCCUUCAACUAUCCGGUCAAUCUCGCCGUCUCCAAAAUCGGCCCUGCACUUAUCGCCGGAAACUCCCUCGUCCUCAAGCCCCCAACUCAGGGUGCAGUGGCUUGCCUUCAUAUGGUCCAAUGCUGGAACCUAGCAGGUUUUCCCAAAGGCCUAAUCAGCUGUAUCACCGGAAAAGGAUCGGAGAUCGGAGAUUUCCUCACCAUGCAUCCCGGAGUUAACUGUAUCAGCUUCACCGGAGGUGACACCGGAGUAGCAAUCUCCAAGAAAGCCGGCAUGGUGCCACUUCAGAUGGAGCUCGGAGGAAAAGAUGCAUGCAUCGUUCUGGAAGACGCUGAUCUUGAUUUGGUUGCAGCAAAUAUCAUCAAAGGAGGUUUUUCUUACAGUGGUCAGAGAUGCACUGCUGUUAAAGUUGUAUUGGUGAUGGAAUCGGUGGCAGAUGAGUUAGUCGAAAAAGUGAACGCCAAGGUGGCGAAGUUGAAGGUGGGCCCACCGGAGGAUGAUUGUGACAUCACUCCGGUGGUCUCUGAGUCGUCUGCAAAUUUCAUCGAAGGGUUAGCUAAGGAUGCAAAGACGAAAGGAGCAACGUUUUGUCAGGAGUAUAAGCGUGAGGGCAACCUUAUUUGGCCAUUGUUGCUAGAUAAUGUUCGACCCGACAUGAGAAUUGCAUGGGAGGAACCAUUUGGGCCCAUUGUGCCUGUUAUUAGGAUCAACUCCAUUGAAGAAGGGAUCCACCAUUGUAAUGCUAGCAAUUUUGGUCUUCAGGGAUGUGUCUUCACUAAAGACAUCAACAAAGCAAUCUUGAUUAGUGAUGCGAUGGAAACCGGGACAGUCCAAAUAAACUCUGCCCCGGCUCGUGGCCCUGAUCACUUCCCCUUUCAGGGUUUGAAGGAUAGUGGGAUCGGGUCCCAAGGAAUCACGAACAGUAUUAAUAUGAUGACGAAAAUCAAGAGCACAGUAAUCAACUUACCAACCCCAAGUUAUACGAUGGGGUAGAUGAUAUGCAUAUAAUGUGUUUGAUGAAAUAAAUAAGAAAUGAACUAUUAUUGAGGCUUCUUUGUUCUUAAUAUAAGUUCAAAUAAUGUUUAGUGCUACCAAAAAUGGUGAACGAUAUUUCAUGCAUUAAGGAUUGUACUUUCGGGAUAGAUAUUAGCGAUUUUUAUUGACUUGUGAGUCUUUUUUAAUUAUGUUCUUGAUGGCAUAAACCGGUGAAAGAAAAGGGGUUUGGCUAUAGCAUUUCGAUCUACUUUUUAUUCUAUUACAAGUAAUUUAGAAUCUUAAUUAAUAAACACGUUUUAUGUGUUAGGAAGAAUAAAUCAAAGGCACAUGGUAUCUGAUUACCUAGUCUUUAGCUAGUAUUAGUUAGUUCCUAUUUUUCAGCAAGUAUUUUACUUUAAAUUGCAAGGCAAUAUGUACGUGUUUUUGCCCCAGUUUUUUAUUGAAUAAACACACUAGAAGCAUUUGCCUCAAAAACUCUGUUCUUUUCUCUGUUGUUACAUUGUUUCUUGUAGAACGGUUUCUGAAAAACUGAUCAACUACCAACACUGUGGUAUCAGAGCAAUCCUGGUGCAUGCCCAAGUAUCAAUCUCGUGAAGAGAUGACAGGAAAAAAUGGCAAUGGUGACAAAGAAGGUCAAAUAACUCUCCAUUAUCCAAUGUUAUCAAGAACAAACUAUGGAGCAUGGGCAAUCAAGAUGCGUGUCUUCAUGCAGGCUCAUGGUGUGUGAGAUGCAGUAGAACCCAUAACUUCAAAUACAGUUGUUGACACCAAGAAAGAUAAAAUGGCACUAGCAGUUAUUUACCAGGGGAUACCAGAAGAUCUUUUGAUGUCACUAGCUGAAAAGAGAACAGCCAAAGAGACAUGGGAGGCUCUGAAGACAAGAUUUGUAGGGGCUGACAGAGUAAAAACAGCAAGAAUACAAACUAUAAAAGCUGAGUUUGAGUCACUCACCAUGAAAGAGUCAGAAGGAGUGGAUGAAUUUGCGGUGAAAGUAGAUAACAUCAUUAGUUCAAUGCGCACUCUAGGUGAUACAGUAUAUGAAGCCUAUGUGGUGAAGAAGCUGCUUAGGGCAGUAUCAACCAAAUUCCUGUAAUUAGCCUCAACCCUGGAACAAUUUGGAAAUCUAGAUGAAAUGACUGUAGAAGAAGUAGUUGGCAGAUUAAAAGCACAUAAAGAAAGGAUUAAAGGGCAUACCGAAAGUGAUGAUCGAAAGCUUAUCUUGACACAUCAAGAGUGGUCAGAGAGAAACAAGAAGAAAGGAUAUAGUGACUCCAAAUCCAAAUCGCAUAGAGGAGGUUUUGGAGGCUCACGGGGACGAGGCAGAGGCAGGGGUAGACAUGGUGGAGGACGUGGUCGUGGCAAAGUGGGUCAAAUCACCAAAAGGAAGGAAGCCAUGGGGCCUCUAACAGUCAUGACAAAAGCACAGUGCAGUGCUACAACUGCCAGGAACAUGGUCAUUAUGCAGCUGAGUGCAAGAAUCCAAGAAAGGAGAGAAGUCACGAGAACAACCUGAUUCAAGAAGACUUUGAACCUGCACUGCUGUUAAUGUCCCUUGAAAAUAAAAAGGAAAUUGAUGAAGUAUUCCUGAAUGAAGAAAAUGUGCAUCCAAAGUUGAAAAUAAAAGGUGGAGAGACAAACCAGUCGAGUAUAUGGUAUCUUGAUACUGUUGGAUAAGGUGUCUAAGUCCAUAACUAUUUCUGGUAUGUACUUGACCCGACCCGGCAUGGUCCAUUUGGGUUGCAUGGCACCAUGCAAUUGGAUAAACUA